GCAGAGAGUAAAUUCAAAGCAAGAAAUUGAACCACAUAUGUCUAAAGACACUGUGAAACAUGAAGCAACAUAUUCAGAUGUUACAGAUACCAAAGCUACUUUGGAUAUUAUUAAAACAUCAACUGAUGAUGAGAAUGAUGCACAAAUGCAAAGCAACAAUAUGGCCACAACCAGCGCUCAAGCAAUCGAGGCCAUCUCUGGUAAACUUGAUCUGAUUAUAACAUAUUUCAAAAUAAAUCAAGGAAAACCUCAAAAACCCCCUCCUCCACCUCCGGAUUUCACCGACACCCGUUUAUUGGGAAUCACUAUAGACCAAUUCUAUAAAUUAAGUAAGACUCGAAGAAUUUCUCACAAAACCCUUACUGAGCUUGUCGAAACCCUUCCCCCUUACACAGGCAUUCCAAAAGUUAAAAACCCUUAUGUCAUCGAUAAAGCUCUCGUGAAAUCUGCUGCAGAGCGAUACCAUUUUCAACCUAAAAUGUUUGUCGAUAUGAUUGCACGCAAUAUCUUUACAUUAGGCGAGAUCAAAGGUCGCAACUACAUGGGUAAAUCUUCUAGAAACACUGUUGUGAAAAAGGAAAUAUCAAUUCCAAAGAAAAAUGCAUUAGAGGCCGCAGUUUCUAAACAGUUUCCAAGUUUGAAGAAGGAAGAAGUUGCGAAAACAUGUAGGGACACAAUUAAUCGAAGAAUACGCUAUAUAUUUGAUGAGACAUUGGGGUCAAACCAAUGGUUUGCACUUGAUUGCAAGAGUGAUCCCUAGAAAGAGACAUGGUGGGCCAAUUGCAAAACUUGUAUUCAGUUUGACUGUCAGUGUGUUCAGAUGUACAGCACAUUGAAUGUGAAAUUCUUCAUGAACAUCUCAGUUUUGUAGUGAGAUAAAUAGAGACUUUUUUGUUAUUGUUAUAGACUGUAAUCCAGUGUGACAAAUUUUCUUGUUAAUUUAAAGAUGUUGACAUUUUUCCAGCUGGUUUCUUGUUAAUUUAAAGAUGUUGACAUUUUUCCAGCUUAGUUCUUGUUAAUUUAAAGAUGUUGACAUUUUCCAGCUGAUAUCUUGUUAAUUUAAAGAUGUUGACAUUUUUCCAGCUGAUUUCUUGUAAAUUUAAAGAUGUUGACAUUUUUUUAGCUGAUUUCUUGUUAAUUUAAAGAUGUUGACAUUUUUUCCAGCUGAUUUCUUGUUAAUUUAAAGGUGUUGACAUUUUUCAAGCUUAUUUCUUGUUAAUUUAAAGAUGCUGAC